AUGUCACCAGAAUCUCCAGCCAGGUGUGCUUUAUGCCAUGGUGGUCAUCCAGCUAAUUACAAAUGCUGUCCCGUUUAUAAAAAACUUAAUUACAGACCACCUCGUCUUGAACAUUUCAUAAUAUCUACUACUAAAUCUCAUACAAACUUUCCUAAAUCCGCCUUAAAUUCAAAUACUAAUAGACCAUCAUAUGAGAUAACAUUUUGUUGUGAUCCAUUUUGA